AUGCAUCCUACGUUAUCGCUUUUGUCACGUUCUGCUUGGAAAGGCCCUCAUAUCGUUCCUUUACCGAUUAAAGAAGCAAUGACCAAGGGAACUCCAAUAAGAACUAAUGCACGUUCUGCUACAGUACUACCACAAUUUGUUGGUUUGAAGUUUCAAGUUCACAACGGUAAAGAAUAUGUAGCGUUCGAAGUGGUAGAGGAUAUGGUUGGUAGAAAACUAGGUGAAUUUGCGCCAACCAGAAAGAGAUUUAGCUAUACUCAAACUAAGAACAAAUGA